AUGUCAAAUUCCUGCAGCCUUGUUGCGCUCUGCCGGGAGUCAACACAUCUCCCUUUUCUCUACCUUACUAGGACUCUAACAGCUCCAGUUCGACGACCACAGUCGAACCAGCCUCGCCGGCCAGCAGGCUAUCAAGAGAGAUGUCUGUUUUCGAAUUCCAGCCGAGACGAGCUACGAUCGUAUCCAGGGCGGCGGCAUGCGAACCCCCAAGCCUCAAUUUCUACUCCUACGCCCCGAAGUUCGAGAACGGCAGGCGGAUUUUCGGUAUCUCACAACGGAAACACAGCUCCAAACGGUAGUCAUCCAGCCCAAGAUAACCGGGAAAUAACAAAUAUCUUUAGCUCGGUUCUAAAGACAAUGAGUGAACUUAACAGCUCGAGCAACCGCCAGAAACUUCAGCAGCCGUUAGAUACCCUCUCUAAUUCUAAGUUGGAGAAAGCAAACAUGAAUGAUAAACUACACAACUUUCAAUUCACGGAAGUUGACCCGUCAUCACCAGAUGAAGCGAAAUUUGCCGGUAUUGAUCUUUCUGUUGCCGCAUUUGCUGUAGCAGAAACUGAAACAAAGAGAAUCUGCAAGAAGAUCGACGAUGCUGUGGUGGACGGGGAAGGCGAUCUCGGGAUCUGGAAAAUAUGCGAGAACAUGAUUUUUCCAAUGUUGAAGCAAGCAGGCUUGGAUGAAAUGCUGCCUUCCCGUUCGACGGCAAGGCUUUCCGGAACCGGUGAUAGUGCCGCUGGAGAUCUAUCCAACUGCCCUGACAAAAACAACAAUACUCCAUACCAACCAAUUCGUGUUCAUCCAGACAUACCUAUUGUAACUGUCGUACGACAUGUAUACCCUGCUACACUUCUCCAUGCUUUAAGGAUCCUUCAAAAUAAGUUUCCAAUGUCUCCGCUUACCACUCGAUUGUUUGAAAGUAUCCGAUCCCACGGACGAGCUUCGUUCAUCAUCGGGUCAUCAAAGGAACUCUUUCAUGAACUGAUAGAUUUCCGUUGGCGUGUUUACAACGACUUACCCUCUAUCGUAUCUUUACUGAAAGAAAUGGAGGAAAACGGUAUCGACUUUGAUAAGAGAACACUUGAGUUAGUAGAAAGAAUUCGGCAGCGUGGGGCACGAGAAAUAUUGAAAGCAAGGCAAUUUGAUGGACGAAACAAGAUUAGCAGUAUCAAGAGCAGGAGCAGGCGAACAGGCAGCAAUGCAGGUGUCAGCUGGUGGGAUUCGCCUGCAAUUCGAAAAGCGUACCGAGAACUUACCAGCUGGGCAAAAGGCAUGGAUGCACAGAUUCGAGAAUUUAAAGAAUUUGACGACAAGGCACAGGAGCUGUGGAGCAUCAAACGCCCAUAA